CAUUGACUCCAUAGAUCUCUGCCACGGGGUUCAAUUCGUUGCUCUCUCUGGAAUAUUGAGAUAGAGAGAAGAGAUGGAAGAAGAUGCCAAAAGAGAGAACAAAAACAUGGAUUCACCCACCAAUUCACAACAAACAGUUUCAGAUGAUGAUGAGAUAGACUACACAAGCAAACCAGAGUUUUAUGAUCCAGAUCUUGAUGAUAAGGAUGAAAAAUGGAUUCAUAAAAGAAGACAAGGACGUGAAUCUGAUGCUGUACUUAGCUGCCCUGCUUGCUUCACCACCCUCUGCCUAGAAUGUCAAAGGCAUGAAAAAUAUUUGACCCAGUACAGAGCAGUGUUUGUUGUAAACUGCAAGAUUGGGAAUGACAAAGUUUUGAGGCAAAAUUCCUCAAGAUCAAGAAAAAGAAACAGAGGGGCCGAAGGAUUUGAUGGCAAUGAUGCACGUUCAUCGAACAGUGAAACAUUCAAACAAGUCUGUUGUUCUGUUUGCUCAACAGAGGUUGGUGUCAUUGAUGAAGACGAGGUCUAUCAUUUCUACAAUGUUCUCCCAAGUGAAUCCUAACUGAUUCCGUUGUAUCUACCAAGCAGUGGUUGUGUUCUGAGUUUCAUUACCGUAAAACUCCAAUUCAGAAGUAGUUGGUCUCAGUAUCUCUGUUUUAGAUCCAUGAAAACGCCAUUCUUCCACUUCGAAUAUUUCUCCCCCAUAAACAUUUUGGAGGUAACAGUCAAGUAUUGAAGACGCAAUCUCUAGGGCUAAAACCAUGGACAUGGGGAAUAUUACUUAGAAUUACUUAAUUUAUAUCUUUGGAGAUGUUUUGUUUGACAUAAGUCUCCUCUUUGGAUGUUUUUCAAUACCUUGUCAACUUCUAUUUGUAUUUGCUACUUUUUUAGCUUUUAUUCAUUUUUGUUGUUACCGACGAUCCGAAUGAUGCAGUAGCAUGGAAUACUGUUCCAUGAGCU